UAUCAGUAGCCGCCAUUUUAAGAAGUAGCCCCCGCAAUACACACUGAGAAAAGAAGAAAGAAUAUAAUUACCAAUUAGGGCAGUGCACCGAGUUAAUUGGUCUACAACCACAAGCAGGUGGACGCAGUCGCACGUCAGUGAGAGUGGUGAUCCUGUGAAGAUCCAGGACGAGGCCGAAGAGAAAGAGCACAGAUCUAAGCGCGAGGAACACAACAAGCGGAAGAUGUCAGCGAACGACCCCCACAAGAUGGAGAAGCGAACAAAGCGCAUGAUGAGAAAGGCCGACAAGUUGGAAGCAGAGGGCAAGAAGCUGCUCCACGAAGCUGAUGUCCUUCGAGGACAAUGUCGCAUCCUGAUGGACGGAUACACAGAGAAACUGGAAGCAGAGAAGGACAAGAUCGCUCAGGACGCCGAUGACGAUUUAGAAAUGGAAGCUGUCGACUCCCAGACGCGUUCCAAGACCGACGCUUCAGAAGCAAAGUUGAAGAAGAAAAUGAAGAAGCCCAAGUCGUCUGAGGAAGGAUCACAGCAAGCGGAAGACCCUCCCGCGACAGCCAAGUCUGCCGAGAAGGACACAUUAAGGGAAAAGAAGAAGAAGAAGAAGAACGGCAAGAAAGAGGAAUCGAUGGAGCAGACUGAGGCGGUUGAAGGAGCUGAACAGGCCGAGCGGAUCAACCCGAAGUCGAAAAAAACGAAGAAGUUGAAAAACGAAAUGUCGAAUGAGGAAGGGGAGGAGGAGCAUCCCGCGGAGGACGAGCCCGACAAAAAGACGAAGAAGAAGCGCAAGCGCGAGCGCAACGACGCGGAGACCCCGAGCGACCAGGACCAAACCGCAGAUAUUAAGGAUAAAAAAGAGAAGAAGCGCAAGUCGUCGACCGAACACGAAAAGUCCCACCCGAGUGCACAAGAGGCGGGAGCUGAGAACGGCGAACAGUGGAACGUCAGUGGUCUACAAGGCGGGGCCGAGCGACAGACGAAGUUUCUCAAGCUCCUCGGCGGAGGCAAGAAGGGAGCAGGCGCCAUGGCGUCUACCCAUCCCCAGCACACGACCAAGGCUACUAAGCUCGACAUCAGCAAGGUCAACCAGGACCUGGAGAAGCAGUUCAACACCGGGAUGCAAAUGAAGUGGGAUGGUGGAGGCGCACGAAGGGGAUUGGGUGCCUUAUGAAGGACUACAAUGCGAAGAGCGUUUCAAAACUUGCCAUUGUUUUUGUUGUGGGUAACCUUUGUAUUAACACCCAUGGCGUUUCUUCAGAGGACAAAAUCAGUUCACAGUGAGUAUCGUGUCGCCAAGGCCCAAUGGACAAGGAAGCAAGUACGUAAUUGAUAUGUUGUUGCCUUAAAAGUAAUGAUAUACUCUCUGUUCCCGG